GUUGUCUCAUUGGUGGUGACAAAGUAUAAGACGCGUCAAUAUGGAUCAUUCAGAUUGGAACUACCCGGAGCAUCCUCUUACAGACGAGGUCCAGUACGCAGUGCAGGAUAGCCAACAACCUGCCGCGGAAGAGGAGUUCGACACAUCGUUGCUGGAUCCCAGACUUUACGGAGGUACACUUCCCGAUCCUUCACAAUUCUCGGAACAACCGGUCGUCGAAGAUGAAUACUACGUCGGGGAUUACCAGGGCGGGGAUGACUCGGAAGAGGAAUACGAACUUUCCGGGGAUGAGGACUCGGAGGAUGAAGAAUCGCCCGAUAUGGCAGAGGAAGCUGCGGACGAUGAUGAUGAAGACGACUUUCGAAGACGUCGUCGCAGGGGUACCGGCAAGUUCUCAGGCCGGUAUGGUGCCAGGGGUGGUAAGGGUAUCAAGAGAGGACCGCGCAGGCCUUUAGAACCUAGUCAUGAGUUCAAAAUGCUACAUUCGGAGGCUACAUCUGCGUUCAUUGACGGAGACUACGAGCGUGCAACCGAGCUGGUGAAGCGCGCGAUCCAGAUCAACCCCGAAAUGUUCGCCGCUCACUCUUUGCUAUCCGAAAUCUUCCUAGCAGAGGGUGAAAAGGACAAAGCGCUGACCGCGCUUUUCAGUGGCGCUCACACGCGACCAAAAGACCCAUCAGUCUGGGCCAAGGUCGCGCGAAUGGUCCUGGAGCGUGCAGGAGAUGAUAGGCAGACAGCCCUGAAUGAUGCUCUCUACUGUUAUAGUCGAGUAGUCGAUAUCGACCAGCAUAAUUUGAAUGCUCGGUUCCAGAGAGCGGCACUUUAUCGCGAGCUGGGGCAUAAUGGCCGGGCUGCAACAGACUAUGAACGCGUCCUUAAAGGGUCCCCGCACAACGUCAGAGCGCUUCGUCACCUUGCGGAAACGUACAUUGAUCUGGGCAAUGUACAAACGGCGUUUGACUAUUGGUCCGAUAGUGUUGGGUACUACACGACCGUAAACCCAGACGAGGCCCCCGAAUUUUCCUGGUCAGACGUCAAUAUCUACGCAGAAUUGUUUACCUACCUAGGCCGGCACGGUGAAGGUCUUGGAGCGAUCAAGUCGUUGUGCAGAUGGCUUCUUGGGCGCAGUGAUGAUACAAUGUGGGAGGACUUCCACGAAGACGAUCGAGAAUGGGAUUCCAAUGAUUCUCCUCGGCGUAUCAAAACCGAUGGCUACAUUCCAAAGCAAUGGCCACGAGACUCCUAUGGACUUGGUCUUCCUAUCGAACUCCGAAUCAAACUUGGUCUCUUCCGCUUAAGAAUGGGAUACGAUCACAAAGACGAAGCAUUGCAUCACUUUGAAUGGCUAAACCCAGAAGACAAUGCAGAAGGAGCUCGACUUUACGAUUAUGGAGACCUCUUCCGAGAAGUCGCAGACGCUCUCAAAGAAGUCACCUUGUAUGAGGAAGCUCUUCGCUUCUACACGCCUCUCCAACAUACUGGCGAGUAUGCAGACGUCAGUUUCUUCAUGGCGAUGGGAGAUUGCUACAUGCGCCUCGGUAACCUCGAAGAUGCAGAGAACUGUUACAUCACAGUCGCAGAACAUGACACCAGAAACGUGGACUCGCGCGCACAGCUAGCCAAAUUAUACGAGAGUAUCGGGCUGACCGAACAGGCUCUAAAAUACGUUAACGAGACGGUCCUUCUCGAGAGGCAGGAGAUGAGAAAUAAUCGUCGCAGAAAAGACACCAGACUUGAGCAGCUGGCAAAGGAAUUCAAAACGGCAGAGAUGGCACCAGAAGAAGCCCCGGUUGUAAAAGAAUAUGAAGAGGAAACCCCAGAAGCCGAAGGUGUCGCUGCGACACUUACUGCUGCGCCGAUUGGUAGGAAGCAGGAUGAAGAGGAGACCGGAGAAGGUGACCGGACAGAGCAUGUCCAGUACUUGUUUUCGAAAAUGCAGGUGUUUCAUCCGCUGGUUAAAGAGGGCAAAUUGGAAGCCACGGAAGACUGGCUGGAUAUUGCUGACGCUUUGCUGCGCGAGUUCCGGUCAAAUCGGGUAUUCUACCCGCUGCAACGACAGGUCUUUAUGGGUUAUUCUAGAGAGGCGCAGAAGAAGGCUGGGAGGUCUCAAGGUCGGACACUCAUGGACGAAAUGGCUGAAAUGGCAGGCCGUCUCCAGGAGUCUCUAGGAAAUGUCCCAGACGAACCGCUGCAGGAUGUUAUACCCACUGACUACCACGGAAUUUCCUUCGACGAUUGGCUCGAUAUAUUCCUCCAAUAUGCCCUACUCGUAGCAGAACAGGGCGAACCCGGAGAAGCAUACGAGUCUCUCGGAGCCGCGGCAGACGCAAGUGUCUGGUACAAUUCCAAGCCCAAGACACGCUUAAUCCACGUCUGCUGGUUCACAUGUGCCCUUCGCGUCCAAGACGAAGAAACACUCGCCAACGAAGCCCGCUGGUUUAUCAAGGAAUACCAAUUUGUAACAGACACCUACCGCCUCUUCUCCAUGCUUAGCCACCUCUCUGGCGACCCGCACCGCUCCCUGUUCCAUUCCUCCCCAAACAUGAAAUUCAUGCUGCGCCAAAUCAAAGCAAUAGACUACACCCUCCCAGACAACAACCCACAAGUCAGACAUGGCAAGGCAGUCCGCGAAUCCGUCUACCAAGAGCGCGCAUCGCUCACCACCCGCGACGAAACCGGUGAGGCAAUCCCGGCCGAGGAAAUGGAUGUCGCGCUGCUCGUGCUGUACGGGCAUAUCCUAUACUCGGGGAAUAGUUUCUUCCCGGCGCUGAAUUACUUUUACCGGGCGUAUGCGUUGGAUGAUGAGAAUCCGGCUACGCUGUUGUCUAUUGCGCUGUGCUACAUCCAUCACUCGCUUAAGCGGCAGUCGGAGAAUAGACAUUAUCUUAUCAUGCAGGGUCUUGCGUUUAUGCAUGAGUACCGGCGUGUGCGUGAGAGGGAGGGGAGUCUUCAGCAGAGGCAGGAGAUGGAGUUUAAUUUUGCUCGUGUGUGGCAUAUGCUUGGGUUGACGCAUUUGGCUGUCGAGGGGUAUCAUCUGGUGUUGGAAUUGGGGGGACAAAUUCAGGAUGCGUAUCGGAAGGCUCCUGGGGUUGGGAAGGGGAACGAUACGGUUAUGCAGGAUGCUGGUGCUGGCGCGGUGGUUACGAAUACGCAAUUCGUGGAGGACUUUUCUCGCGAAGCAGCUGCUGCAUUGCAGAUUAUCUACUCACUUAACGGUGACUUCAAGUCCGCCAAAGACGUGACUGCGAAAUGGCUAGUUAUAUAGCCAAUACCCACAAUAUUUGAAUACAAAUCUCUUGCAAACUUCCCAUCAGCUA